UACCUUGCCUGUCCUGGUUUUAGUUUGUAGGUCCUUUUAGAUGACAAAUUAUUCGAGUAAACUUACUAUAUAUGGUAACAGAAAAAUAUUAUAAUAAUUUUAAUUUACAUUCAAAUAAACUACUAAUUUUUCAAUAAUUUAUUCCUAUCUGUUAAGUUUGUUACUUUACUUUAGAUUCAUUCUCACUCAUUCUGUUCAAUUUAAAACAUUACAGCAUAAUAAUUCUGUACAAGUUGCUACAUUUAGAGCCACAUGUAUUAUUGGAUGUCUGUAUUCUUUGAUCUUUGUUCUUUGUAAACUAUAGCUCAAUAAGAUCAGAACAUUUUGAUUUUAUUCAUAGCUAAACUAAACUUUUUUUUUUUUUUUGCUGCUGUUGAUAAUUUUUCAAUACACUAUUUAAUAUUCCGUAGUAUUAUUUUUUUAAUAAACUUGAUGUCUAAAUUCUAAAUGUCUAAAAGGGCCUUCAGUGAUUGGGUCUUAAUAGAAAUAUAAAAUAUUCAGCAACUUAAUCAGUCUCAGAGACUUUAGCGAUUAAAAAGUGUAGACUAUAAUAAGAAUAUGCUUAUCUGUAAGGUCAGAUCAGCCUUUAUAAUGCAAUAUAUUUAUAACACCAAAAAACUGCCAAUCUGAUAUUUAUUUAUUUGCCUGCCUGCUUUGUUAGUGGGCCAACAUUUGUGUUGACAAUUGCUGAGCGCCAAUGUGUAUUAGAAAGACUAAAGAUUGAGUUAAGUUUAUUGUGCUUCAGAGUAACAUUUUUGUUUAGUAGUUGUAACAGUAGGAUAGAUAAAUAUGUUUACAUAUGAAAAAUCGAUUGGUAAGAGUGGUAAAUAUUAUUAAGUCUCAAGUUCAAAUAGAGUUGAUGUAGUUUAUUUUAGGUUUAAAUAAUGAGUUCAAAGAUAGACAGAUUAAGAGUUGAGAAUCAAACCUUGUUAGAUAAAAUUAGUAUUUUAAAACUUCAAGUCCAACAAACUGAUAAAGAAUCAAGAAGAUUACGUGGACAACUUCAAUGCUUGAAACUUCUCGUGAAAAGAUCUUGGGCAGGAGACAAUGAAGCAUCUAUCCAUGUGGCAAAUAUAUUAGGAGUGGCUCCACCUUCACUAGAAGCACACGUUGACAGCAGCAGAUUGGUGGCUGUGCCAAAGUCACGAGCAUUAAACAACUGGGCGAUGUUUACAGUUGGUGUUUUGAAAAACCUGUACGCGAAACAUGAAGACAUACUCUACAAAAAGAAAAGAGAAUAUUUAUUGGAGCGAGAAAGUUAUUUAGACGCCCAACUAAAUGGUUAUGUGAACGAUGAUCGGUUUUACGAUGAAAAAGAUUUGGAUUUGAUGAUGUGCAUAAAAGCAAACGAACCAGCCACCAAGCCUUCAACUCCACCUUGUAAAUCCCUUUCAAAAAUCUACAAGAAAAGAAUACACAGUGUAACGAAUGCAUCACAAAGUAAACCGAGACGUAGAGAGUGUAAAGAUUUGAUCAUUGAGUCUGUCGGUGGCGAGAGCUUACCAACCAGUCCAACAAACCUAAACAUUGAGUUCAAGUCACCUGCAAGUUCUAACAAGCGAAAAACGUCUCUCUCCUGUCCUGCAACAGCUAGGAGCACGAAAUCAAAAUUAUCAAGAAAGAUCAGAAAAGCCACCAAUGGACACAUCACGACUACGCAAGCAGGAAGAAGACCAGUUUCUGCUUUUCCCUUAAAAAGGACGGGUUAUUUACCUCACGCACGAUCAUCUGGUCACAUGAAAAAAUAUCAUUCCGAAACUACCAUGCGCCAACUUGACGUGGUGGAAAGAGAACUUCGUAAAACAACUGUGACGUUACAAAAAAAGUUAUCGCUUCAACCGACUGGCUUUAUCAAGUAAUAGGCUUGAAAUAAAUAAUGUGUUUCGAAGCGUCUGUAUCUGUAUAGUAACAAAAGCAGGACCAAAGAACUUAGUGAUGACAAAUAGACCAUUUAGCAUUAUAACGACCGUAAUUAUAAAUACGACCGGUUUAUUAUUGGUUUUACUGUUUUGUAGCGUUUUUGCUUCUCGAUAAAAUACAUUUGUUCAGAUACCUUUAUCAUCCUGAGU